AUGAAAGCCUUCGGUCUCUGCACACAUGUCAGAAAGCCGUUGGAUGCUGUUCAAUCUCUCGGGAAUAUUGGCGAGAAAGUUUGGGAUGGUCUCUCUUUCUUUGACAUGUUUCUCAACUGCCUAAUUUCCCACUCGUUAGCAGAGGUUGCUUUCGCUGGAGGUGGAUCUGCUCACAGCCAAUAUCACAGCGAAGCCUCCCGAGAUGAAAGCACCAAAGGGGUCAAGGACAACAUGCUCGAGGGUGCAGAUUUGGUGUUCUGUUUGGGCGGGGGAGGCGGCUGGCUUCAAGAACCUGAAACGGCUUUAUGUGACAUGCUCGAGUUGAACUUGAGCGCUCAUGCCUUGCAAGAGCCCGAAUCUAUGAGAACAUGA